AUGAAGAUCACUUCACUCUUUACCACUUUCUUCUUCGCCAGCGCCGUUAUGGCCGCUCCAGGAGCUUCUUCACUCAAGCGCUCGUUCAGGAUCGUCAAGAACUCCGAUCACCCCGCGUCCACCAGCGUCCUAGAGGCAUGCGCCGAGUGUCCUUGCGAUGGCUUCUAUGGAGAUUGCUAUUGCGUCCCGAGCGGCUGCUGCAUGAACGACUGCCUCGCCACUUCUCCAUGGGUUUCUUGGGUCCCGCUCUUGUUCGCUGUUGGCGAUGUUGGCGCUGACAUCUCGGCCCCAAGGCCUCCAUCUUACGUGCGGCGCAGCGCAGCAAUAGGCAACGCUCUACAUCUGUAA